AGUACUCUUUCUCUAUGGCAAGUUGUGCUCGAAUUCUUCAAUUUUAAUAAUUCUUACGUGAUUCUAGUACGUUUUGUGUAAUAAAACUAAAAAUAUAUUUAAGUUCAUAUAUUAAUAAAUACAUACUAGAGGGAUAUAUUAAUUAAGGCUGUUAAGAUGGCCCAACUUUUCAAUCGCAUUGGCCAACUCGGAUUGGGAGUAGCUCUGGUUGGAGGAGUAGUGAAUUCAGCAUUAUACAAUGUUGAUGGUGGCCACAGAGCAGUAAUAUUUGACAGAUUUGCUGGUGUUAAAAACUUAGUAGUUGGUGAAGGAACUCACUUCUUCAUCCCUUGGGUUCAAAGACCGAUUGUUUUCGAUAUUAGGUCUAGACCUCGUAAUGUCCCAACUGUUACUGGAAGUAAAGAUCUUCAAAAUGUCAACAUCACCCUUCGUAUUUUAUUCAGGCCAAUACCAGAUCAGCUUCCAAAGAUCUACACAAUUCUUGGUAUUGAUUAUGAUGAAAGAGUACUACCAUCUAUAACAGCUGAAGUUUUAAAGGCUGUUGUAGCCCAGUUUGAUGCAGGCGAACUAAUUACACAAAGAGAGAUUGUGUCUCAAAAAGUGAGUGAAAGUUUAACAGAAAGAGCAGCACAGUUUGGUUUGAUUCUUGAUGAUAUUUCUAUUACCCAUUUGACAUUUGGCAAAGAGUUUACACAGGCUGUUGAGUUGAAACAAGUUGCGCAGCAAGAAGCUGAAAAGGCUAGAUUCUUAGUAGAAAAGGCUGAACAACAAAAGAAAGCAGCCAUUAUAGCAGCAGAGGGAGAUGCUCAAGCUGCUGUGUUACUUGCUAAAUCAUUUGGAUCUGCUGGUGAAGGUCUUGUAGAACUUAGACGUAUUGAAGCAGCAGAAGACAUUGCAUACCAACUAUCCAAAUCACGCAACGUUACGUACUUACCUCAAGGACAAAAUGUACUCCUAAACCUGCCAACACAAAACUAAAAAGUAUUUUUGUUGAACUUGUACAACAGUGUGGUUAGUGCAAAGCAGUUGCAUUUGUAUUUACGUUAAGAAAACUGCAUUUUGGAGGUGUUAUGGUUCCAUCAAUAGACUAGUUUACAUAGCUUUACAAAAAUUAUAAUUACGCAAUUAAAUAUUUGUUGUUGAACUUA